AUGAAAAAUAACAAUAUCACAAAGAAGCUACGAGUUUCUUCUUCAGAUAGUGACGUAACUGUUGAUUUACAAACCGAUUCACCCAACAGCAUCUAUGACAACGAUGACCAAACUGAGUGUGGGGAAAUCUACAUAACCACUACAAGCCAAGAAGACUGGUUGCAGUGCGUUUCUUGCCACAGAUGGCUCCAUGAAGGUUGCACGAAUGAAGCUGUCGAAUAUCUAUAUUCAGAAGAAAUCGAGGCUGUCAUCGUAGCUUUACCGCCUGAAGUGGAUGAGCUUACCGAUGAAGAUGAUCUCAACGAUGACGAUCUGGAUGUACCUGUUGUAUCGGAUGUUGCAGCACAAACAAAAAUAAACUUGCCUUUCGUUGAUGAAGACGAUAAUAAUGUUCCUUUAUCGGUUUUUACCAGACAAGGGCCAUCAACGUGA